CAUCCAGGUGGUGAAGAAGUUCUCAGGGAGCAAGCUGGAGGAGAUGCUACUGAGAACUUUGAGGAUGUUGGCCAUUCCACAGAUGCAAGGACAAUGUCAGAAACCUUUAUUAUUGGGGAACUUCAUCCGGAUGAUAGAAAGAAGCUUCAGAAACCAGCA